AUGGAUAGUGGCAACGUAGAUUUGCAGUUUUCAAGCGAAAGACUGUCUCACGAAUCUAGAGAAACAAUGAGCUGCAUGACGAAUCAAUAUCAGGUUCCAGCAGAUUACAAUCCAGAUGAACAUCCACCAGUUAGAAUGAGGAAUCAUACCAAUGCUGACAGAAGUGAAACCCAGAGAAAACGGAGAUCGAAGAACAGGUUAUCAAAUAGAAGGAGUACUGGAUUCGUGAAUCCAGAAAUGGUUGAUGAGGCUAUGAAAAUGGGAGCUUGUGGUACCGGUGACAGUGAACCUAAGUAA